CUGCGCUGGGACGGCUUCUCUGCCUGGCUGCACUGCGUGUGUGUGGUGGGCUUCGACCUGGAGCUGGGCCAGGCCGUGGAGGUGAGGCCCGGCUGCACCUUGCCCCCGCGUCCGGUCCCCGCGCCGGGACGGCCGGCCUGGACCUGGGCUGCCGCGCAUCCGGGCGUGGCCGGCCUCCCCUCCGCCAGUCAGGCCGGGCUGCGGGUCUAUUGGUAAUUUAUCCUCAGCAUUCCAAGCUUACUGAUAAAGAGAAAACCAAUAUUUGCUAUUUGUCUUUUCCAGAUUCAAAUUCAGAACGAAACACUGCCUGGUCCUGUGCCAUCUCAAAAUCGUCGCUAUGUUUGAACCAGUUGUUGCAGCCACUGUGUCAGUCUAUCUCCUUGACGGUCUUCCUCUUUUUUGCUGACGCUCUACUUACCCAGGCAUGAUGUCCUUCUCCAGUGACUGGUCCCUUCUGAUGUCCAAAGUUGUCUUGGAGAUACCCAGUUUUGUUUUAGAUUUCGACAGUCUUCUGGGCGGAGGAUGUCACUGCAUUGUCUCCUGGAUCAGUUUGACAGAGAUUUACCGGUUUACUUAAAGAAGGAUCCUGCUUAUUUUUAUGGAUAUGUGUAUUUCCGACAAGUUCGAGAUAAAACUCUAAAAAGAGGCUACUUUCAGAAGUCCUUGGUUUUGAUCAGCAAGCUACCUUAUACCCAUUUUUUUCACACUGUGCUAAAACAGAUAGCACCAGAGUAUUUUGAAAAGAACGAAUCUUAUUUGGAAGCAGCCUGUAAUGAUGUUGAUCGAUGGCCUGCCCCAGUGCCAGGAAAAACUUUACACCUGCCUAUCAUGGGAGUGGUAAUGAAGUUUCUUCUGUUUCUCUUUAAGGUACGGAUUCCCACAUGUCAUGACAAGCCUGGAACAACUCAAAUAGGGCAGUUAACUCAGCAGGCAGAUACACAUAUAUCUGUUAUUUUGCCUACUGUCCACGAGGUAGAUCUUUUCAGGUGUUUCUGCCCAGUUUUCCUUCAUAGUCAGAUGCUUUGGGAGCUGGUGCUAUUGGGAGAGCCCCUUGUGGUCAUGGCACCGUCACCAUCAGAGUCGUCAGAGACUGUAUUGGCACUUGUGAGCUGUAUUUCUCCACUAAAGUACUGCAGUGAUUUCCGACCCUAUUUCACAAUCCAUGAUAGUGAAUUCAAAGAAUAUACUACUCGUACUCAAGCCCCGCCCUCUGUCAUAUUAGGAGUAACCAACCCUUUUUUUGCUAAAACGCUCCAGCACUGGCCACAUAUUAUUCGAAUAGGAGACCUUAAACCUGCAGGUGAAAUCCCUAAACAGGUCAAGGUGAAAAAAUUGAAGAACCUAAAGACUCUGGAUUCUAAACCUGGAGUUUAUACUUCUUAUAAGCCAUAUCUAAACAGAGAUGAAGAGAUUGUAAAACAGUUACAGAAGGGUGUACAACAGAAACGUCCUUCUGAGGCUCAAAGUGUUAUUCUUCGACGCUAUUUUUUGGAACUGACACAAAGCUUCAUCAUUCCAUUAGAACGGUAUGUGGCAAGCUUGAUGCCUUUGCAGAAAAGCAUUUCUCCAUGGAAGAGUCCACCCCAACUAAGACAGUUCCUUCCAGAAGAAUUUAUGAAAACACUCGAGAAGACAGGACCUCAGCUGACCUCUCGAAUAAAAGGCGAUUGGAUUGGACUUUACCGGCAUUUUUUAAAAUCUCCUAAUUUCGAUGGCUGGUUCAGGACCCGGCGGAAGGAAAUGACCCAGAAAUUGGAAGCACUCCAUCUAGAAGCUCUUUGUAAAGAGGACUUACUUCUUUGGAUACAGAAACACACAGAAGUAGAAACAGUAGACCUUGUAUUGAAGCUGAAAAAUAAGCUGGUGCAAGCUGAUCGAGAGCGUUUACCUGUGAAACCUGACACUGUGGAAGAGUUACGGACACACAUAGAUGCAAUUAUCUUAGCAUUGCCAGAGGACCUGCAAGGCAUUCUGCUCAAAACGGGCAUGACAUGAUAUUUGCCAGGAUUUUCCAGCCGAAAAAGAUUGCGCACCGUGAAGCAUACUGACAUUUCAGCCAGACGCACAAAAGAGAUGUCUCAGUGGCAAAGAAGUGGAAAUCAGCCGCAAAUGCUAGCUACAGGGUGGAAAGACUGUACUGUAUAAACAGACCUUUUUAGUGCAUUAUUUUUUAAAACGGAUAUCUAUGAUGGUUCCACUUUAAUACUGAAACACCGAAAGGCAUUUCUAUAUUUUUAAUCAUGUUCUAAAGUGCUCUUAUGAGAGGCCUGUGGGGCCAUCGGUGUAAGUGAUUCCAAGCUGCAGUGCUGGCAUUGCAGAUAUUUUUUUAAAUUGGUGCUGCUUUGCCCAAUCAUGUUAAAACUCAGGGGGAUAUAAAAAUAACAUUCACACUGGCUGUCUUCUUAAGAAGGACAAGAUGAACUGUUCAACUAGAGCUAGAAGUAAUCCAUGCUUAUGUAGUGCCUUCUGUUGUCCAGCUUGUUUCACAAAGCCCAGCUGCUAGUCUUGAAGCUUUUUUCUUAUGAUAUGUAAUUUUAUAAGGCAUUUUAUUGAGUAAUCAGUGCUUAACAACGUGUUUCUUGCCUCCCAGUGUGUUUAUGAGUAGGCUUCUUUUUUUAAUUGCCAUGUAGAAGGUUUUAAUUUCAUUAGCAUUUUCAAAAUUUAAUCAUCAGUUUCUCCAAAGGCAAGAAGGUAUUAGUAUUAAUUAUGGACUAGGGAGGAAUAGUUAUUUCCUUGUAACGUUUACUAGUUGGGCCUGUUUAGAUUAAUUAGCUUGGAUUUUUUCAAAGAUAUUCUAAUGAUAAAACUCGAUAUCAUCAGCCAUUUUUUAAACUCAACUGUUCCUAUUUCAAAUGUAUUCGUAAGCCUUUUAUGUGAUAGUCAUUUGAGUGAGUGUAAGAUUGAUUUUUCAGUGGCAUUAUUUGUUUGGCAGGGUUUUCAUCCCCCUGAUGUUUCUGAGAACACUUCUACUGUUGUUUGCCAUGGGAUGUUUGCCUGAAUCACUGUUAUAGCCAAUUUUUGUUGUUGUUGUUGUUUCUUUGUUAUUUUUUAUUUUUAUUUUGUUUAAACUACCUUGCCAAAAAUAGAAGAAUGUGGUUUGGUAGAGUAAGUAAGAUUGCUUGGUUUGUGUUUGAAUAGGAGUGCCCUACAGAAGCCACUAUGUAAAAUAGGCACACAAGACAUAGCAUAUAUGUAAAUAGCUGUGUCUUGAAUUAUCCUCUAAGUAACCAAAUUUAGUUGUCGUUAUUUGUAGAAGAAAUGGCUUCAGAAGCUAUCUCUUCUUCUCUCUUGGUGUAAGUCAUAAGGGACUCCUGACCCAAGCAAGGCUCUGUCUGUAAGUAACUGUGGUCUAAUACCCAAAUGUGCCCUUUUCACAUGGAUACAGUCUCUUCAAGCAUACCUCAAAGUCAUAGAGAGAAAAUGGCAUUUGAAAAAAAUCAUCUCCCUUUGAUCAUAUGAGUUAUUUUGUGAAACAACAGUUGUCCCUAUAGAAAAGGGUAACUGCUUUUAUAUGAUAAAAUAUUUCAUAUCUUUCUGGGAAACCUCAUUUAGGUAUAAACGGUCAUCUUACUAUUUUUCAAAAAGGUGUAUUUCAGUUAUCUUACAAUUUAUAUACAGUCUGUGACCAGAAUUUGAAAGUUGUUAGUGUCAUAUCAAGGAUCUUUUAAAGUAUACCACUGUAGGAUGUAUCAUUUCAAGUUUAUUUUGCACAGCUGAAGAGUAGCAAAAGAUGCCAGUUAGCAUGAUAAUGGUGUCUUCAUAUCUUCUGUAUUUCACUGAAACUUAACACAUGUUGGAAACCAUAUCAUACCUACCAGAUUUGUUUCUUAAUUUCAAAUUAUGUACUUGUAAAAAUAACUUAAAAUUGCAUUGGGAACCUGAGAAAGACUGGCUGGGUAACUUAAUUUUUUGUGUGUGAUUUUCAGUUUUUUUUUUUUUUUUAAGAG